AUGUUUGCAACACUAAGCAUGAGAGUUGAGGACCCGUUGGAUAGAAAUGCGUCGAAACCGGCGAAAUCAAACCGGCUCACCGUUGUCACGAGCGACAUCGAGACAGGCUGUCUUGGCGACACAAUGGUGGCGACCUCGAUAGCAGGAGAAGCCCUGGCCGAAUGUGCUUUGUCUGCAACUCUCAACCACGACAUUGUUUUUGACUUCAAGUUGGACUUGGUUUAA